GCAGAGCCGCGCUGGAGUCAUGCAUCUCCGUCGCCAAAUCCAAGGGCUGCGGAAAGGCGAUGCGACCGCAAGCGAGUAUAUGCACAAGGUGCAGGCUCUGGCUGACGCCAUGGCCACCGCUGGGUCUCCUCUUCGCGACGAUGAAAUCAUCGACUACAUGCUCACCGGCCUCGGCUCCGCUUUCAAUCCGAUCGCGGCAUCCCUGAACAUGAUCACCAGGGUGGUGACCGCCGCCGAGUUCUAUUCCAUGGUCCUGAACUACGAGGGCCUGCAGCUGUCGCAGGCGGCUGAAACCGAGGAGUGGACCUCGUCCGCCAAUGCUGCUGCUCGUGGUGGUGCUCCCUGGCAGCCCCGCGCGCCCUCGCCUGCCUUCUCUGGCGGAGGCUCUCAGCCUGUUUACGGCGGGGGCAAUAACGGCCGUCCGACUUACGGCGGUAACGGUGGAGGCGGCUAUGGGCCUCCGGCGGGCGGCCACGCCCAGCCCUACGGACCGCCAGCGGGCGGCAACGGCGGUCGCCCAACUGGCGGCAAUUACGGUGGUAACGGCGGCGGUGGCAACCGCGGCCAGAACGGAGGACGCCGGCGUCAGCGCCCGCAGUGUCAAAUCUGCGGCUAUUGGGGGCACAGCGCCGAUGAUUGUCGGAACCGCUUCAACCCCGACUUCGUGCGCGGCAGCAACCAGCAGCGCACCGGCAACAACCAGCAGCGUGCCGGCAACUCGGCAUCGACCAGCUCUCCGCCUUGGAUGAUGGACACCGGGGCGACGGAUCAUCUGACAAAUGAUCUUCAGCGUCUCCACAUGCAGGAGCGCUAUGGCGGGACGGAUCAGGUUCAGGUGGCCAACGGUGCAGGACAAGGUCACCCGGAGAAUUCUGCUUCACGGUAGAAGUAAUGGUGGACUCUACCCCGUUCCGUUUAGCCGUGCGUCUUCGUCAUCCACUCGUCAUGCUCUUUCCGGUGCCAAGA